ACUUUAACUCAAAGCCUUGUAUUUCAAAUCUCACGAAUAGGGAUCGCAUGGUAGGCAGAAAGAGGAGGGUGUCCUUCGUAGUUCUUGGAGGGUAAUUCACAAAACGUAGAAUAAGAUGGAAGGGGUUUCUACAGCAGCUGAGAAGACUUUCGUUCCGUGGGUCGAGAAGAUGGUUGACGUGCUGCAGUCGAGAUGUGAAGAGGUUGGCACGUGCACUGGAUUCCUCAGAAUCAUCAACCUUGGCACUGGUAAUGGAGACGACAGCAAGGCAGACCGGUUUACAGUUACAUUUCCAUACGGAGGGCAACACUUGAAAUGGGAGGUGAUCUUCAAUGCCAACUACCCCCACCUACCACCUGACUUCAUCUUCAUCGGGGAGGAGGAGUCAUUCUUUCCAGAGAUGGAUAAUUUGAAGCAUCUGUGCAACUGGAAUGCAAACAACCCUGCCAUGUUGUUCCUCGUGGUGAGGGAGCUGGUGGGUGAGUACAGGGAUCAUCAUCUGAGGCUGCUGGCUGGCUCCAGGCUCGAGUUUGAAUACAACUCACUCAUAUCCGAUGAAGCGCUGACGACGACGAAGGGAAGUGCUGCCGAUGAUGAUGAUGACGAUGGUGGUGGUGAUGAUGAUGAUGAUGAGAAGGGGUCCAAGAUGGCGGUGGAAGUACAUGUUGCUGAAAAUGAGGAGGGUCAACUCGGCCCAGUUCAGUUCAUGGUCCGCCUACCGGUCAACUUCAAAUCUCUUCCUCCUGUUUUCAAUGAAGAGAACCAAGGUGAAGACAAAGUGCUGAUACUGGUGACGUUUCAGUCAUUGGAGGGGGGCAAUGUACGAACUCAGAAGUGUCUGUCACCAAGAGUUGAAGCAGCAUUCAGUAAACUCGGAGGCCUACCUCCGAUCAGCUUUCCACAUGAAGGUUGCAUCAAUGAUUACAUUUCGUCCAUAACACAACACGUCCAGAAGAUGGUUGAUCAGCUGUGCGAAUCAUUUGAAAGAAGGAGGGAAUACAUCAGCCAUGCUGUAUCUCUGCUAGCCAGUCACAUCAUAGAGUUUGAUGCUAUAACCUUCUGGAGGGCUGAUUUCUUGUUUGAAGAAGAUAAUGGUCACCACACCACAGCAACAACACCACAACACAAACCACAACGAACGCCACCUCAUAAAGUUGACCUGCCAAUGAAAUUUCCGAGCGAGCAGCCCAUUCUAACCUUCAUCUCCACAUGCAACCUCCACUCGUCCCUCGUCCAGCCGAUGCAGAAAGUCAACAGAUCGUACCCCUUCAGUCCGAGGUGGUCGACCCAUGAAAUGGUUACCAGACUUAGGCAGUACGUUACUGAAAGGCUUCCCGGAGUUGAUAGGGAUCUCAAUGCUCUUUCAACAUAAUACAACCUUUGGUUCAUAUCUUUUCUCUCUCUCUCUGUCUCUCUCUCUCUCUCUCUCUCUCUAUAUAUAUAUAUAUAUCUCUUUCUUUCUUUAUCUUUCUCCCUUAGAUCCAUUUGUUUGUUACUCGAAGUUUUAUUGCAAUCUCGCCAUUCUCAAUUUCAUCAUUUGUAAUUCAAAUCGUAAUUUCAAUUGACAAAAAUUCAUGUUUGCGAUAUCUGCAUAGAAAUAUAUUAAUUACACAAACAUUUUUAUGUAAUGAUGUAUAUAUUUAAGUGUAAUUGUAUGUAUUUAUAUGUAGUGUGUACAACACCUGUGUUAAUGUGUGUACGUUUUCUAUGUACACAAAGGUAGAAAUCGUAUUAACGAAAUCAUGCGAGUUUAUGUUGCUCUGCUGUGUUGUUAAACGAUGUUGAAUUGUUUACUUGUUGUCGUUCAUUCGUUAAACCUUAAUUUUUUUUUUAUGUAAAAUUCAAUAUUUGUUUUAUUUCUAGAUUUUAUAUUUAUAGGCUAAAGUGAACUUAAUUCAUUCUGUUAUUAUGUGAACGUUUGCUUGUUCAAAUUAGUUUAAUUUAAAAUUUUCGCAAUGAUUCUUGUUGACUGGGUUCGUAAAUUAAUUUCUCUAGAGUUGCAUUAAAUCUAGCACCACGGUUAAGCACCUACCGGCUAAAUAAUGGUUAUGUAUCAAAUUAUAAAAUCAUUUGAACAGUUA